AUUUCUUUUAUCGCAAUGCUCGAAUUAUUCGCAAUUACGCUCGCUAUGUACUGUGGUACCCUCGUCAUUGGCUGCUUUAUGCUCCUCUGGCGGGCCCACCCACUACUUUGUAACUUUGCUGGUUCCGUCGCCCUUGUGGCCUUUGUCUCUCGCGCUGAGUGUUGCACUUCGGUGCGCACGUUGAUCCGUUCCUUGUGUACGUUGUUAGGUCUGCUCCCGCCUCCGCCGUCGCGCCCCAUCUUGCCGCCAUCGCAACCUGCUCCUGCACCUGUGAAUGUGUUCCAGCGCAACUAUUUUUCUUCGUAUGGUAAGCAUCGCCCCAAUCCUUCGCGGAUUUUGGAGGGCAUAGAUCGUGAAAUCGACAACGAGGUCUACAGACGUGCGGCUAGUCGUCUUCCUCCCGAUAUGUUUGAUUCUCGGCCAGCGUUUACUUUGUAUCCUGACCCGAUGGACAUAUUGGCUGAGCGUGAAUACUUGAAACAGUUGAAGGAGUGGUGUGGUUUCCCAGUUUCGCGCAGAGUUACUGUAGUUGAGGACGCAUUGCGACGACUUGUGCUCAGACGCUCUUCUUAUGAGGUUCAGACGACACCUGUUCAGCCGCCUGUGCAAAACUCUCCUACUCGUACUCGCCCUGUGCCGGCUGCUACCGUGGUUGAUUCCACAGCAACUGUGCAUGUUGAUCCCUCACUUUCUUCUGCAGCAGUCGAGGACACGACUACAGUGCCCGUUGCGCACAUGGAUGUAAUGAUGGAACAGCCUGCGGCCCCUCUGCACUUGCAUUGCUCCCGGGUUCCUGAACAAGUUUCGGUGAUCGAAGAGUCUGUGGCCCCUCUGCAAUUGCAUGGCUCCCGUCUUCUUGAUCCCGAAGUCCACGCGAUGCCUUCGGAAAUGCCUUCAGUGCUGCCUGUGAUGGAGGACGCUCCUGCUGCGCCGGCUGUCUUGGGUGAUUCCACAGCUGUGCAAACGAUGCAUUUUUCUGACGUUGAGCAUACUCCCGCUUCGGCGUGCGAGUCCCUGCCUUCUGAGCAUACUCCCGCUUCGGCGUGCGAGUCCCUGCCUUCUGAGCAUACUGCCGCUUCGGCGUGUCAGUCCCUGCAUGAGCAAACGGCCACUUCGGUGCGCGCGUCCCUGCAUGAAAACGCGGUCGAGGACACACCCAUUGACGAGGAUGUCCAGAUGGAGGAGCCGUCGUAUGACGAUGAGCUCGCCAACUUAAUGGCUUCCCUGACUUUGGGGAUGGACGCUUCCGCGUGGUAUGAAGAUGAUUCUUCUGCCAUUCAAAACCCAUACGCUUUGCAAACUCACGCUUCGGCAUACGAGUCCCUGCACCAAGAGCAUACUCCCGCUUCGGCGUGCGAGUCCCUGCCUGAAGAGCAAACCACCACUUCGGUGCGUGCGUCCCUGCCUGAAGAGCAAACCACCACUUCGGUGCGUGCGUCCCUGCCAAUUGACAACACGGUUGAGGAUACACUGAUCCACGAGGAUGUGCAAAUGGAGGAGUCGUGUGACUCUAUGUCGCAUGACGCUCAAUCCUCCAACCCAAUGCCUUCUCUCGCUUCGGUUGUGGACGCUCCCGUGGGGCCAGCUCAGGAUGAUUCCUUUGCAGUGCCUGUCCCGAUGAGACAAUACAGAUCUGCGCAAGACGCUUCUGCAAGUGUGCCUCUGCCAGAUGACGAUGAUGAACCCGCAGCAGUCGAGGAUACAGAGGACACUCCUGCUGUGCAGCCAAAUGAUGAGGGUAUUGCCUCCUUUUGGUCUAGAAUUUUACAACGGGCAACGGUGCUCGACGAAGAGGUCUCUGACCUCUUGAGUGCCGCAAAUCCCGACAUUCCUGCCACGACCAUUACUUCCGCCACUAUCACCACACAACCUGCCACGGCAACCGCCGUUGGAUCCGCCCCUCUGUCUCCGCCCUCCCCCUCCGGUGAUGUUGAUGUAGAUGCCGUCCGUUUUCAGCUUCAAGCCGAAGCGGACGAGGAUGAUGCGUGGUUCGAGCGUUUCGAUUUUUUAGUCGAUUACUAGGUGUUUUGUCGUGUCGUGUUGUCGGUGCUGCGCGUUCUGUUGGUGUUCUUUCUGGGCGCGAUUUGGGUUCUGUGGUUGUUUUCUUUUGGUUUUGGUGCUUCGUGGUUUGUCGGUGUUCUCCUCCUCUUCCUCCUGGUCCUCCUCCUCCGUUUGUUCUUACUCCUACUUUUCCGCUCUGCUGCUCUUGCUGUGUGUGCUGC